CAGAAACGUCAUGUGAAACAUGGACCCCGUGGGAACAAUGCGACUGCGCAAUGGCUGUAUCUUUAUUCAUGUGCAACAAGAGAAUCUGAUGGGGUUCAGCCUGAAGGACUUGAGGUGGAACGCAACUUCCUGGUUAAAUGGAACGCAAGAGUAGACAACGCGCAAGCGUACGGAAGGCGGUGAGGACGCGUGCAGGUCUGUACCAAUCAGAUUGUCUGGGGGCGUGAGCUUGCCGUCCAGUCGCAAUUCAGCGGUGUUACGUGAUCAGCAGUAUGGCUUCCCUCCAGGCAAAUGCAACUAUUUCUUUGCAGUACCAAACUGCACCCCUGGAGUCCAGUCAUAUUCCUGGUUCCCCGCACUCGGUCCAUGUUCUUCUGGAGGGUUAUUCCAAAGAUGUGGGAGGGGACAUGUUCCAGGCAGACGGCUCGGUCACCCUCAUACAGGGACCUCUGACUGUGCUGGUUGACACUGCAGGGCCGUGGUCCCGCGAUUCCCUUCUUCAGUCUCUUCAGAAUCAGGGUGUAGCUCCUGCUGACGUCACCCAUGUGAUCUGCACCCACGGACACUCUGACCAUGUGGGAAACCUUAACCUUUUCUCUCACGCAGAGAUCCUGGUGUCCUAUGAUCUGUGGCGCAACGGUUACUAUGUGGCUCACGACUUCCGUGCUGGAGUCCCUUACGUGUUGCCUGGAGGAGAGGGACUGGAAGUGGUGGCUACUCCUGGUCACACGGGAAGUGAUAUCUCGCUCCUUGUGCCUGGCACCUCUCUAGGGACCGUUGUAGUGGCCGGAGACCUCUUUGAGCGGGAAGGAGAUGGAGAUAGUUGGCGGCCAUUAAGUGAAGAUCCAGAGAGGCAGGAGGACAGCAGAGCAGCCAUACUAAAGGUGGCAGAUGUGAUAAUACCUGGGCAUGGGCCACCAUUUAGGGUCAUAAAGCAUGGGCAACUUGCUCAACAAGAGACAAAGAAUAACUAAGGAGCGAGAAAAUGCUGUGCCCGGCAAGGUCUGCCUACUGCCUAUUCUCAUAGUAGGACUGUAAUAAAGACUAUCCAUACAGAAAAA